UUACUUGCUCUAUGCUAUGGUCAUGAAACAAAAAAAACCUAAUCAAAUUAGGGAUCCGACGAAAUUCGGAAUUUCGUCGGAAUUUCAAAUUCCGGAACAAAACAAAAUAGAAGGAAAUUAAAGUGCGGUGUGUCAAAACUAAUGACGUCAUCAUGUAAAGAAGCGAGUGACGUGUGAGUAAGAAUACAAAACAACGAAUACUCCCACAAUUGUUUAGAAACAUGGUGCAACUAAGUUGUUUCUGGGUGUAAUGUUGGAACACACGGAAUAUUAGUUGAAGGUGGAUCAAUUGCCAACACAUUGGUAAAAAUAGUGCAAUAAACUUACAUCUUUGCCGAUAACUGCUACGCAGACUGCCAUUGUUGACAAUUAUUUUGACGGAAGUGUUCUGGAUUGAAUCGCGAACAUUGACAUUUGGGUACAUUUAGCGGGAAUAUUCAAAAUACUGUGCGUGUAGUAUUUGAGACAAAAUCAAAAUAAAUUAAGAAAUGGCUAUUCAUGACGAUUUAAUAUACGAAUUGAACGAAAGAGGUGAGAAUGUGGUAGUAAAAUCAAUAAACUCUGACCGUCAGGCGUUUCUUCGGUUUACAAAUCGAACAUCGCGUCUGGUGGACUUGUGGUGGCGAGAUUUCGGCGGCAGAAGACGACAUUACGAGCGCAUGGAGCCGGGAGCGUUUUAUGAUAUCAAUUCUUAUCUGACGCACCCUUGGGAGUUCACUGACGCUGCGACCGGUGAGCAGUACGUGAUCAACAAUAAAUAUGUGUUCAGAGCACCCAAUCAUGUGGGGGACAUGUUGUACAGAACUAAUUGGAACAUUACUAUACCUGUGCGAAGUCUCAGAGCCACCACUAUGCUGACGCUGGCUUCAUUACUCCGCAACCCAGAGGCUGCCGAGAGCCUUGACCUACCCAUGGUCUUGACUCGGGAACUUUCAGAGCUUGUGACAAGGAUGCAAAGCCUGACUCCUGUAGAGGAGAACGCGGACACGGAAUGAUGAUGGCUGUACAUGCCAGUAGCUGUGGUGUUCCUAAUGCUCGCUGGCAUUGUGUUCAUCUGGUGUGUCUUGGUAAGAAGGUCAUAUAAAAUAGGCUUGAUUGUACUCUUCUUCUGUGUAUGGAAUCUGUUGAGCUCUCUGGAGAGCAAUGGAUCAGUAAUGCUGACAGGCGGUACUAAUUCCAAUACAGUAAUGAGGAAAUUCUUCUAAGUGGUGAUACUCUAGUCGGCUGGUUUCUUUAAGAAAUGGACGGCACAGCGGUGCUAAACACGGAAUGUGUGAGGGUAGUGAGAUAACAGACUAAUAGUUGAAAAAUAUAACAUUUAUUAUGUACUAAGUGUAAUAUAAAUUAUGAAAUUGAUGUUAUAACAUUGAUGUAUUACUUAAUUUUUUAUUUUAAGGACCUAUCUGUUGUUAUGUAAUUGAAGCAUUUAUAAUCAUGAUUUUUAAUAUUAUAUUAUUUUCACAUUUA